GGUCUCAGCCCCUCCCCGCCCCCAGGCUCCCACUCCCUGCGGUAUUUCUACACCGGCGUGUCCCUGCCCGGCCGCGGGGAGCCCCGCUUCAUCGCCGUCGGCUACGUGGACGACACGCAGUUCGUGCGGUUCGACAGCGACGCCGCGAAUCAGACGGCUGAGGCGCGGGCGCCGUGGGUGGAGCAGGAAGGACCGGAGUACUGGGAGCCUGAGACGCUGAGAGCCAGGGACACCGCAAAGAAUUUCCGAGUGAACCUGCGGACCCUGCGCGGCUACUACAACCAGAGCGAGGCCGGUGAGUGA